AUGCAGGACAGUAUUGCCGAUACAAAAGGCAUCGAAGAGGAUAAUUCAAAUAUGAGAAAUAUAUUGGACUUUAUAUCCAAUUAUCCCGAAAUUAAUUCAAUUUGUGUGCUAUUAAAGCCUAAUAAUGCCAGAGUUGGUGUAGUAUUUAAUCACUUGAAUAAGUCGGCCGCCGAUAACAUACUAUUCCUGUUUACUAAUGCCCGAUCUACACAAUAUGCUCCGGGAGAUACCGGACCGGCAUUACUAACUUUAUUAAAUCAGAUCAGAAAGAGACCACCAAAUGUGGACAUAAAAUACGGCAAAGAAACAAUCUAUUGCUUAGACAACGAGGCCUUUCGGUUUGCAGUGGCGUCGGCACCGCCUAAUAAUAUGAUGUUUGACGACAUGUUAACGCGAGACUACGAAAUUAGCUGGCAAAGAUCAGUCAAAGAAUGCGAUCGACUAUUAGAUAGAAUCAUAUCCAUUACCCCACAUAGGGUGAUGGACACCCUAUCACUUAAUAAUGCCAAACAGAAUAUCCUUUUAUUAACUAAACCAUUGGCUGAUAUCGCUAAAAACAUAUCUGAUAACGUCAAGCAAUGUGAACGGCAUAAGAAACGUAUUCAUGAAUUCACUGGCGAUAUAAACGAUCUCGAAAAGGAACUGUAUAUCCCUUCAGUGGACAUCGAAACCGAUCCAUUAGAGCACCCGAAGACUGUUUGCAGUGAUAAGGAUUGCUGUACUCAAGAGAAUAUUAACGGAACUAUCAAGUUCCACUACAAAACAGAUUGUCAUUCACCAUGCUACUUGGAUAAUAGCGAUGGCAACAUUAUAGGAAACCAGGGUUUAUUAGAUUGCCUGGCAUUCAAUGAGUACGAAGAGAUAAGGGAACCCGAGUGGGUCGUACCUACUAAUGUAUUGCCCGACCAAAAUAUUACGCUAAACGACGAGGGUAAAGCAUUUUUGCGUUUAGUAAGAAGGAUCAAGUCAGAAACGUGCAAUAAAUGCAAACAUUCGUAUCAAUCGCACCUACAUAUCAACUACGAGACUCGUUUGGUGAAUAAACAGGUCAGGGAUGAAACCAAAUACCAGCGCAUAACCACAGCUCAAGAGGCAUCCGAAGCUCAACAAGCUCAAAUUAUGGAGCUCGAAGUCAAAAUUAAGGAGUUGACUGAUGAGAAUACAAUUAUUACGAAGUGCAUGGCUAAGUUUGCGUGUUUCCUUAAAAAUAACGCUCUGACACCAUUUAAUGAUGCAUUUGAAGAUUACGUGAACUUGCUCAUUGCUAACGAGAAACAGCAUGGUUACGAUUGA